AUGACGACCGCCCUCAAGUCAAUAGCCUCCCUCGCCCCCCUCCUCGACCGCAUCCUAGUCCAGCGGAUAAAAGCCGAGGCAAAAACCGCUUCUGGCAUCUUCCUCCCCGAAAGCAGCGUCAAAGAUCUCAAUGAGGCGAAGGUGUUAGCUGUUGGCCCUGGGGCGGUGGAUAAGGAGGGUAAGCGCGUGCCCAUGAGUGUGGGCGUGGGCGAUAAGGUGUUGAUACCGCAGUAUGGAGGAAGUCCCCUUAAGGUUGGGGAGGAGGAGUAUUCGCUUUUCAGGGAUCAUGAGCUGCUUGCGAAGAUCAAUGAGUAG